UCCUUUUUUAUUGGGCGGAUAGUGAAAAUGGAGCGGAAAGCGAUAGUUGCUUAAUCUUGGAGGGAAAAUCACUGCCGCAGCUCGCUUUCAUGGAGGACAGUGCAAGUGCUGAGAUGAUAGUCGGAGGGAAUGGAGAUGGAGAAGUAGAUAUUGGAAACAAAAGAAAAUUGAGUGAACUGGGUUCUGCUGAGGAGGACCAAAAGAGAUGCAGAGAGGAGGGAGAAAAAUCCAUGUCUCAAAUGCACCUUAAGAAAUGGGAAAAUUUGGAUCUUAAUGUCUUUGGAAAUAUAUUCCGCCACUUCGAUUCGUAUGAGUUGUUUUGGACUCUGUCAUUGGUUUGCACCUCGUGGAGAAUAGCUUGUUGGGAUCACUUAUUUUGGAAUAGCAGUGUGUUCAGCUUGGGGGCCUCGUGCAGAAAAUGUGAUCACUUGAGGAGCGCACUCGGUUCAAAAAAUCAACACAAUCAACUAGGGGUCAAAAUGAUGAUCAUGUUGAAGAGUAUAAUGGAGGGCAGUGACGCUCAUGGAAGACCCUUAGAAAGGUGGAGGAACUCAAUUAUCAAAUUCUGUGUUCCUCGUAAUUUAAAUAUCUCAGACGUGCACUUGCUCUAUGUUGCUGAGAGGACACCUAAUCUCAUAGAUCUUGAACUCCUUGGCUCUUCAAAGAUAACAUCAACAGGAUUUGCAAAGGCAAUCAGCAACUGGAAGUGCCUUCAGAGGAUAAACCUUGGUGAGUUUUACUGGAGAGAUUUCCACCAUUUUAUAAGAGCAAUAAACCGAAGUUGCCCACAGCUUAAAGUACUUUGCAUAUCCAAAGAAGGAUUCAAUUUCAACUUUGGUAAAUCCUCAGUCAUGACCCUUUAUUUGAAGGGAUUGCCGUUGGAGCGGCUCAUUUUCCGGAGGGCUCAUUUGGACCCAUAUGGUAUACAUGGAAUCUCUCCUCGACACUUCCCACAGAUAUCAAUGGAGUUCGAUGAUUGCUUUUUUAAAUGUUCUUACGAGACAACUGAAAUUACCUUUCGUCUGUCAUUUGAUUUGCGCAGGGGGAAAGAAUCUUCAGAAUGGGUUGUAGUUAAUAGCAAGCCUGCCACCAUGCGAUCUAAUAUUGCAAAAUGGUUGGCUUCAGCAAAAGCUUCCUUCUGAUUCAAUUAAUUUGCCAGCAUAGUUAAGGGAAUUUAUUUGUUAUGCCUAUGCUCUUGGCAAGGAAGAUAGUUCUGGGUUCAAUUGAACAUUUUUCAUGAUGUCUUUUACACCGUAAUAUAUAUUCAUGCUACUUCCCCUUUUGUAUAUAUUCACUUCUCAUUUUCUGAGAAUAAACUAUUCCAUGCACUUCAAGCCC